AUGUCGUAUACUGCGGCGUACUGCGAAUUCGGCGGCACGGCCAAAAAGUGCCAGGAGUGGCUAGAGUCGCACCACCCCGAUCUAUUCCAGAAGCUCUACUCGGACGAAUCCCUCAGCUCCAACCUCUCCUCGCUGUCCGUCUCGGUGCAGGAACGCGCCGCCCGCGAUGCCGCAAAGAAAGAAGCCAAGGCCGCAGCCGUGGAGGCGCGCAACGCCGAGCGCAAGGCGUCGUCGAAGGUGCAGAUCAAGCGGGUGGAGCGCAACAAGCGCAAGCAUGUCAGCGUCGUGACGGGGCUGGAGAUCUACGGGCUGGAGAAUAAGAAGGUGGCCAAGGAGCUGGGCAAGAAGUUUGCGACGGGGUCGUCGGUCACCAAGUCUGCGUCCGGGACGGAGGAGAUUACGGUGCAGGGCGAUGUGAGUGAGGAUAUCAAGGACUGGUUGUUGGAGGUGUACGGGGGAGAGAUUCCGGAGGCGAAUAUUGAGCUGAUUGAAGAUAAGAAGAAGAAGGGGGCUGCGAGUUGA